AUGACAUUCGAAAUCUUACAAUCAAUUCUUACGUCAACAGACAGAGAAGAGUCAAAUGCGACGAAGGAUACCCGACGUGUAAAAGGAUACGAGACUCCCCCCAAACCGUGGAUCUUCGAGGGGAUCAGCACACAGCAACAACAGACCCACGGCGGCAACCUCCCAAAAGCCUCCAAGGCGGGACAACAUCAGCUCGGUGGGGGCGGCGUCAGGUACACGUACGGUCGUGAAGGACCUCAGGACAUCACCGACCUCGCACGGGAAGCGAAGCGCAAAGCCCUGGUGCGGGCGCAAUGGAAUUACCUGACCAAAACCGUCAGCGUGAGGUUCGGAGACUCGCCGCACGACCAACGCAGCCUCAAGUUCUGGCUCGCCGAGACGGCGCCGACGAUUGGGAACUACGGCCCCGACUACAUGUUCUGGUCUCGACUGGUGCCGCAACUCGCGUUCGAGUUCCCCGUCAUCCGGCACCUUCUCGUGGCCACGGCGCUGCUGGACGAGCAACUCGGCGUGUACCGGUCCGCGACCAAGAUCAAGCUGACCCCGCUCGCGCUGUGGCACUACCAGACGGCGCUGAGGGGCAUGACGGUGGUCGAGAGGGCCGACGAACCCUUUCUGGUUCUCGCCUCGUCGAUGGGUUGGGUCUUUGAGUCGUUGCAAGGGAACUUUGCGGCUUCGGCCAUCCACCUUCGAGCGUCGUCCCGACUGUUGAAAGAGUUAGAGUCUGGCCCGUCGUCGUCAGACCCGCUUGCCUUGGACAUGCUGGCCGCCGUGAAACCCAUGGUUUAUCUUUCCCUGUCAUUCUCCAACAUUGUCCACGGAGCCAGUACCCCGAUCGAAAUCCCCCCCGAUGAUCCGGACGAUGAUGACCAAACGACAGAGCCGGAGGACGUCCCGAUAGAUUCCCUCGCACAGGCGCGGGACAUGCUCAUCGAGCGAGUGAGACGGUUCAAACGACGCGCAGAUGCAGACUCGGACGCACGCGGGCCGUCGAGGUACUCGAUCCUCGCUCUGCGUCGGUACAUUGGCACAUGGCAGAAAAGGGCCCGGAUUUAUUGUUUGCACGGCAAAGAGUCGAACCUUCACAAGCAGACGGUGCAAAUCUUGUUCAUCACGGCUUUGUCUUUUCUUCCUGAAGAUAUUGCCGGCGCCUUCAGCACGGCCAAUGAGGCAGCAUCGAGACACCUCCUGGACACGAUCGAGCGCGUGGCGGUGGCCAAGCGGGAAUCCGCGCCUUGGGAUGAAGCCGACAUUGAUGACACUCUGUCGGUGACAUUGUCCCUGUUGGCCGAACAUUUCCCAGAUUGGUUUUUCAGGAAGCGUGCAGGACAUUUACUGGCAUCGUUCCCGAAAGCGCCACUGGCAAAGAAGACCACUACCACCAACAACACCGAGUCCUCCUUCUCCUCGGCAACGACUACGGCGGGUAGUGGUGUCCGUUCCGUCGUGUGGAAUCAAAUCAGACCCGGCAAAGUGGUUUUCGAGGGGGAAGAGAAGGUCAGAGGACUGGAUAGAUCAACUAUUGAGAAACAAUAUUCUCGAGUUUUUGAUUGA